AUGAUUCUAAGAACUGAAGAGAUUGAAUUCGAUCAACAAAGCGUGAUGAGUCAAGCUUCCAAUCAUUCCGUAGGUCAAGCUUCCAAUCAUUCCGUAGGUCAAGCUUCCAAUCAUUCCGUAGGUCAAGCUUCCAAUCAUUCC